CGUUGAUUGUUGGCUUGGGUUUUUAUUGAUUUUUUACUGUUUUCUAAAUAGAUACGUAUAUUUAUAUGAAUACAAACCCUACAUAACAAUGAUGAGCCUUCAAGAGAAAGUCUUCCUUUACAUUUGCAUAUCAUUUACAAUGUUUAAAACAGUUUAUUCUAUAAACUGCUACCAGUGUUCAGGAACGGACUCGAAUAAUCCGUUUCAAUGUAAUGAGUUCUUAGAGAGUGAUGUUGAUUUGGUACCUAAUGACUGUGCGACAAUACAUGACGCUCAGUACUGUAUCAAACAUGUUGGACGAUACGAAGGUUCAUCGUUAGAAUGUUAUCAGUGCAACACUUCAGCAACUAUGGAAUGUGGUGAUGGCCUAAUGUCUCUAGACGGUGGCAUACUGAAGCCGUUGUCUUGUGACCACGUGUACAAUGCUCAGUACUGCAUCAAACUAACAGGAGGUAUCAGCACAAAAAGGUUCUGUUCAUCAUUAGAUCUAGGGAAUUACUGUAACUAUGUUCAGCAGCCAGGUGACAAACUUGAGUACAGGACUUGUAUCUACACAUGUAGCACAGAUGGUUGCAAUGCCGGAACAAGUUUGAAGACUUCACUUCUGUCUGUAAUCACAGCUUUUCUUCUCAAAUAUAUUGUAUUAUAAGAUCCAAAAAUCAAUUUUGUAUAAAGCAGCAUUUAAAUAGAAUAAUAUUUCUUACCUAGCUAUCUCUAUUUUUAAGAUAUGGCUUUAUUUGUACAUUUUCAGUUCCCUAGAUCAAUCCAACAUUAUAAAUAUUUUGGAGUAUAUAAACGACAAUGUAAAAACAUAUGACUUCAAAGUAUGAAGUGCCUGAAUAUCAAAUAGAAAAGAAAUAUAUAGUUUGUAAGAGUAUUAUUGUCAAAAUAGUAUGUAAGCAAGCUCUUAUCACAAGGAUCACUGUUUAAAAUGGUCUUACUCUGUAUAGAAUAUUGAAUAAGCUUGUAUUUUACAAUAUUUAUCAAGAAAAUGUACCUGUCCGUCCAAUAUAACAUUCCAUUACUUUUAUGUAAGUCAUGAAUCUCAAUAUAUUGUAAACUUAAUUAAUUUUGUUAAAUAUUGACUGACUAGAAGGUAAAAUAUUUGUUUGUAAUACAUGCAUUUUGUACAAUAAAUAUUUCAAUCUAAUAUA